ACUGCUAUCAAGACUGGAAUGAUCUUUCAACACACUUUCAAUCAAAUACAGGGCACAUUGAACAAAAUAAAAUGGCCAAAAGGCCCUCAAAACAGGAGAAAAGAACUGACAAGCUCAACAAUGAGAUUUUGAGCCUUCAGGCUCCUACAGCCCAACACGAAUGAUGCUGAGAUUCGUCACCAGCCUCCUGGUCCUGGCCAGUUUAGCAGCAGCUGAAACAGCUUCUCCAAAACCAAGCACCAGCCAACAACACGCCCAGAGAGGGGGGCCCAGCCAACAGGCCAGGCCCUCACCGGAGGGCCCAGGGACCAGUGGCUGUACCUACACCUUCAUUGUCCCACAGCAACACCUGACAGGUCCCAUCUGCCUCAACACCAGGAGCCCAGUGUCCCACAACAGCAUCAACCAGAGCGAGCUGCAGGUCAUGCGCCAGGAGAUGAGGGAACAGCAGCAACAAAUUGAGGACCUGAGACAAAUGGUGGAGGUUGACGGGGCCGUGCUCAAUGAGGUGAAGAUUCUGCGGAAGGAAAACCACAACAUGAACUCCAGAGUGUCUCAGCUCUACACCCAGUUACUGCACGAGAUCAUUCAGAAGAAGGAUGACUCCCUAGAGCUUUCCCAACUGGAGAACAAGGUGCUGAACGUCACAGCCCAGGUGCUGAGGCUAUCGAGCAAGUACAGGGAGCUGGAGCGCAAGUACACAGCCCUCACCUCGAUCCUGAACAACCAGAGUCACACUAUCAGCGAGCUGGAGCAACAGUGCACACUGCACUGUCUGGGACACCAGCAGCAGUUCAAACAACAGGCACCAGGAGAGCCACCACUUGUGGCUGUGAUACCCAACAGCCUGAAUGGCAGCAACAGCAGGAGCAAGAGCUUGGUCUCUGGCAAUGAAAUACUGAAGGAUCAGGUCUACAGCAUGGCACAGGACAGGCUGAAGAGAACAGAGCAGCCUCCUCCCACUACAAUCCCAAUGGUGACAACCAAAACAGCUGCACAGAGAUCACAAAGACUGCUGGGAAACGAAGGGCAUCCAAUUCUGAGAAUCCAGUGGAACCACAUCCAACAACAGGGAGAAGGGUAAAACCAGGGCCAACUUUAACUCUAACCACCCCCCUUCCGGCCUUACUCAGACACUAUCCCACAUCGAUUCAAGGGACGGAUUUAUUUCCAAAAGGUAAAGUCCAAACAAAUGUCUGAAGAUCAAAAGAAAGAUUGAAAUGUGUUGCAAAGAAGGCAGAAGGAAGAAGUUAAAGCAAGGUCAGUACUGUCCUGUGGGGUUGGAAGUAUUCUCUGACCUUUUGAUAAUUGCCACUCAUCUCAGAUAAAAGCAAGUUACUGUCAGCAGCAAAUAGACUCAUUUUCUGUCAUAAUAGUGUCUUGCAGUGAUGGUCUUAAAAAAAGCAGGUCAAUACAACAAAGCUGUUCCCAUAGCUUUAAUAACAUAGCAACCACUGCCAAUAAACACACGAACUAGAGCACAGUUUAAUGAGAAAAAGUCUCCCUCCCAUUUAAGGCAAAGUCAUAGACAUGUACAGCACGGAAACAGACCCUUCGGUCCAACUUGUCCAUGCCAACCAGAUAUCCUAAAUAAAUCUAGUCCCAUU